UUUUACUCCUAAACCGCAACUCCAUACCACUUUGUGUUUUGAAUCAUAGGCUUGGAUAUACAGCCGGUCCGCCGGACACCAAGAUAACUUUUAAUUCAGGAUAUUUAAGAAAAAAAAAAACUUAGCAAUAAUAUGGGAAAAGAAAAUAUCAGUUUUUUGUCUGUUUGGAUAAUUUUGGGGAAAAUCUUUGCAACUUUUUCUUCUGACCCUGAACUCACCACCACCACCGUGUUCGCAAACGCCACAGUCACCGGUACUCCGCUGCCGACCACUUCUGAAUGGAUCACAGACUUCACUGACAUCGUGUCCAAGUUCUCCCUGCGCACCGUCGACAUCCCAGAUGACGACAUGUGCUACAUUGUGGCAGGCAGUCCAGAAACCAUCAAAGAGUGUAAAUUCAACUCAGAGACACAGACCUUCAUUGUGAUACAUGGCUGGACGGUGACCGGGAUGUUUGAGAGCUGGGUGCCCAAACUGGUGUCUGCUCUCUACGAGCGUGAGCCCAGUGCCAAUGUGAUCGUGGUGGACUGGCUGACCCGCGCCAACCAGCACUACCCGACCUCUGCAGCCUACACCAAACUAGUGGGCCGCGACGUGGCCAAGUUCGUUACAUGGCUACAAAAAGAGCUGCAGUUGCCCUGGGAGAGGAUUCAUCUGCUGGGCUACAGUCUGGGAGCACACGUGGCUGGAGUUGCCGGAGACCUCACAGACCAUAAAAUCAGCAGGAUCACAGGUCUGGAUCCUGCUGGUCCCACCUUCGAGCACGCAGACAACCAGAACAUCCUGUCCAAAGACGAUGCCCAGUUUGUGGACGUCCUGCACACCAACACCAGGGGCUCCCCGGACCGCAGCAUCGGCAUCCAGAGAGCCGUGGGCCACAUCGACAUUUACCCCAAUGGAGGCACUUUCCAGCCUGGCUGCGACAUCCAGAAUACAUUGAUGGGGAUUGCAUCGGCAGGCAUCAAGGGCCUCCAAAAUAUGGACCAACUCAUCAAAUGUUCCCAUGAGCGCUCCAUCCACCUGUUCAUUGACUCUCUGCUGAACACCCAGCAGCAGAGCAUGGCCUACCGCUGCAGCUCCAGAGAGGCCUUCAACAGGGGCAUGUGCCUCAGCUGCAGGAAGAACCGCUGCAACAAGCUGGGCUACAACAUCAACAAGGUCCGCACGACCCGCAGCGCCAAGAUGUACCUCAAGACUCGUGAAAUGAUGCCUUACAAAGUUUUCCACUAUCAAGUCAAGGUGCAUCUCUUCAGUGAGGACCAGCAGAGCUUCACCGAGCAGCCAAUGAAGAUUUCUCUGUAUGGAACCCACGGAGAGAAGGAGGACAUUUCCUUCGUCCUGCCGAUCCUGACCGGUAACACCACUUUGUCGUUCCUCAUCACCACCGAUGUGGAUAUUGGAGACCUGAUGAUCGUGAAGCUGCGCUGGGAGAAGGACACAAUCAUCAGCUGGUCAAACUGGUGGGGUAGCAGCAAGUUCCACAUCCGAAAACUGCGCAUCAAGUCCGGGGAGACCCAGUCCAAGGUGAUCUUCAGCUCGAAGGAAGGAGAGUUUGCGUACCUCGUCAGGGGAGGAGAAGAUGGAGUCUUUGUCAAGUUGAAAGAAGACAACAUGAGCCGUAACGAAAAAUUGAUGCACAAGCUGAAAAUGGAGGGCAGUCUUUUUGAGCAGAACGGCGCUUGAAAGUUGCACUUGAACACACAUCAUGCACAGCAUCCAUCUCUACACACAUAGCCAAAGAUGGGCCGCACACUGCAACACUGGGAAAGCCAUAGCAAGCAACUGGACAUAUACUGAAUGCUGCCUUUUUUUUUUUUCUUCUUCUAAAUUUUCCUCCUGUUGUGCCUCUUAACUUACAACCAACACAACCUCAUCUACAGUGCUGGAAAUCAGUCUGCUCACAAACUCUCUCCUGUCUCUCCGCAUAUUCUGCUGCUGACACAUGUUACAGCUUUCUUCGUGAUGAUGUGCUCACAUAUGACAAAUGUACACUUUCUGUAGCAUUUCUGCACAUCUUUGUAAUCAUUUGUUUAUGCUUCUAUAGCCCAUAUAUACUGUUAAUACUGAUUUUGAUGUACUUUUAACCCCUGAAGUGUUUUUUUUCUUUGCCUUUGUGAACUUGGAUUAUUGUUUAUAUAUAAAUGAUUCAGAGUGAUAGGCAUAAUUUAGGCACAUCUUUUUGUUUGUUUUUUAUUUCUUAAAUGUGCAAAAUGAUAAUUUUGUCUCUAAUGUUUUUCUUUACCGAACCACUAAUUGCAAACAAUCGACAGGGACCAAAGAAGUAUUUACUAUCUACUGAAUGGAGAAUCACAGUGGUCUAAAUACCUUUUUUGAUCAGUAUUAUAUAUAUAAAUAUGAGUAAUGUGUUAAUAUCUGAUCUUUUGAAGCCUUGCUUGUUCUUUGAUUGUGUUUUGGUUAUUGUGUCACUGGUCACUUUAAAAUGCUCUCUGUCCCCUGCAGCCAUUUAGAUGUCAAAUGUCAUUGAGAUUGCGGUCCAACAGGGAAAUGCAUCUUUUAAUUUGGGUAUUUUUUUGUCCUGAAAUUGAACUGAGGUCACUUUUAAAUCCAAUAAUGGCUCGGUGCUCUUUAAUUACUUCAUGAAUGGGCCAACAGUGUCUCCCCUGCAAUAGUUGACAUCAUUGACUUAACUCUGUCUACAACGUGCCCUUAUUUUCAAAAUGUCAAACUGUACUUUACAAAAUUGCUGAAAAUAAACAUGCAAGCCCUGAUAAUUUGUGAUGGACUGGCCUACAUGUUAGCCAUAAUACAUCUCAAGAAUACUUCAUAUUGUAUUUACUGAAUGUAUAUUUGUAUAUUAAGCUGUAAUAUAUUUUGGGAGGCUUUCAUUGUCAUCUGUAUUUUUUUUUUUUUUAUAAAUGAAGCGUUUUGUCAUUUUAUGCAGGGGGCUUUGGAAAGAUCAAUUAAAUUGUUCUCCAUGCCAGCUGUUCAGUGAAUUUACUUUCAUGAACUGAGAUGCAGUGCACUGUAUAAAUAAAGAGCCCAGGAUGGUUUAAUAAAGAGAUAAACCACA